AUGAGCAAAAAGCAAAAGGCCUCCCUCAGCAAGAAGAAGAAUCUCGCCAAGGACACUAAUCAACCAGGAACUAAAAGCAGUGAUGCUGUUGUUGGUGGUGCCACAAAUUCCGACUCCAACAACAAUAUUCAAACCCAACAACAACAACAUUCAAAGAAGAAGACUCCAAACAAACAAACUACUCCAUCAGCAAACUCUUCCGAAGUCGCGAAAGGAGCCUCAACAACAAGUACUCCAUCUCUCUCUUCCCAAGAACAAGCGAAACAUCGAGAGAAUGUCAUCCGACUCACCAAGGACUUGGCUGCCACAGAUGAAGGUAUUAGAACGAGUGCUACAGGUAGAUUUAUUCCCUUCUUGAAGGACGCACCAUUCAACAAGUUGGAUUUGGAAACAAACUUUGUGGAUUUCAGAAAAUUAUGGAAGGGUGGUCUGUAUGGUUUUUGGUUAUGUGAUGGUGAAUUUAAACAACACGAGAUGGGACAAUUAUUGGCGGAAUGCAUUCACAGCGUAAAGGGUACAAGUGAAAAUCCUCAUGAAUUACCCAUUGCCUUUCUGAGAGCGUUCUUUGACGAAUUGUUUGAAACAUGGCCAAGGCUUGAUAGAUACCGAAUGGACAAGUAUUUAAUGUUAGUAAGAAAGGUCAUGCAACAAGCAUUUGUCUGCUUGAACAAAACUUUCCAUUACAAACCAGAAGUGGUUGAAGAAUUUAUUGAUUUUAUUCUUGAAGAUGGAGUUUUUAACAAUGAGGAGCGAAAUUUGCUCUCUUCUUUACAGAUUCAUGUUGCAGAAUUAUUCUUCUUAGAGUUGGUUCAAUAUGGUGGACCUCAAGUGGAAGAUGACAGCGACUAUCAUUUGAAUGAGGAUGCCCUAAUGAAAUUCAUUACAUUCUUUGUGAAAAAUUUAGCAGAAACAAAGAAUAAUAGUAUUAUCAAAACUUAUAGGGAAGAUAUGUUUGAUUUGUUGCUUGAAUAUCAAAUCACACAAUAUGGUAAUAACGAAGAAGAGAGUGCUGACAAUGAUGAAAUGCAAGAUGAAGAGGGCUCCCAUGAGGAAAAUGGCCAAGAUGAGGAUGUAAAUGAAGAAGAUGCAAAUGAAGAUGAUGACGACGAAGACGAUGAUUUACCUGUUGAUGAAUUUGGUAGAACAAGACAUAUUGUAAAGGAUAGACCACUUCCAAUUAACAUUGAACGAAUUGUGAAAGAGUUUGAAAAAUAUAUUGAGGGAUAUGAGCAUUCUGAUGUUUGUAAGGAGUAUUACGAGAAAUUCAAGAUUAGAAUUAUCACUCUCGAUGAUCUGUAUUCAGAGUUGGAACAAGUGUCAUCAGGUAACAAUGGUACCUCAACUUCUGAAAAGAAAGAUCCAUCGAACAAGAACGUCAAAGAUUCACCAACUUCUCAGCGACAAAACUCACAAACAAAGGAAUCCAAAAAGACACAAAAAGACUCAAAACAACCACAAAAGAAAGAAAGCCAAAAACAAGAGAAAAAACCUGCUACCAAAAAGCAAUUAGAACAGAAAGCAGCACCUGUGGCUGAGGAUAAAAUGAGUGACAGAAUGAAUGAAUCUUCCGACAAACAAGAAACAACUCCAAAACAACAAGAGGAACAACAAAAUGAGAAAACAACACCAAAGAAAGAUGAUCAAUCCUCUGACAAAUCGCAACACAAGCUUGAAAAAAUUAAGAAUAUGAAAAAGAAGCUUGCUGAGCUCGCAGCUGCAAAGGAAGAGAAGAAAGUGAAAAUUGACCUUAAUAAGAACCAAGUUAAAACAUUUUCCAAGAAAGACAUUGUUCCAAGUGUACCAGUGGAUUUAACCUUUUCACCAACAAAAGGUUUAUUGAAGAGAAAGCAGUCGAAUGAGCACUCUCCAUCAUCUUUGAACUCGUCAGAGCAAAAAGUUAAAAAGAGAAAAUAA